UCUUGAUUGCCUGUGGCCUCUUCAUCUUCGCAUCCUUCGUCUAUCUCAUGCUACUCCUAUCCCUCAGACGGGUAGAUGGAGUCGCUUCAGCCGCACGACGCAGAAGGCUCUGUGCCGCCACCACACAGCUCUUCCGCAUCUCUGUCACCUCCAAAUAAGCGCCGACGGACUACGACAACUAACGGUGACUGUUGUCGCACUUGCAGAUUACGGAAGGUCAAAUGUACCGGAAACCCUGGAAAUGGACCUUGCAGCAACUGCUCAAGACUGGAGCUCACCUGUAGCUUUGCUGCAUCUCCUGGCGCUUCCGAAGAAGAAAGAGUUUCUAGAACAACACCUUCACACAGCCAUACAGAAGCAGGCACGCUGAGGAAGAGAGCACAGAGCGCGUGCAGUCAGUGCCAUACGCACAAAACGAAGUGCUCUGGAGACCUGCCCAGGUGUAAAAGAUGCGAAGCUGCCAACCUAGUCUGCGAAUAUACUCCUACCAGGAGGCGGUUCACCAAUGUUCGUUUCAACCGUCCAAAGGCUGAGGACCAAGCCCCUUCUACUUUGCAACCCCUCAAGCUGGAAGAAAACACUGCCCUCAGCCCCACGAGCAGCAAUAGUACCAGCGUCCCAUCUUACAUCCUCGAAACAUCGAAUCUUCAGGCCGAGAACAUGCUACUCAGAAAAGAUAUUAUUCUUACCCACUUGGACGCCUAUUUUGAUUAUUUGUACAUGAUGCCAAGCUUAGGCUUUUUACACCCCGAAGUCACCUACCGAGAUGUUCAGGAAAACAGAUUCCCUCCUGCUCAGGCAGCGGCCGUGUGCUCCGUCACCAGUUUCUUCGUAAAUCCUGGCCUGGCUGGCCGGGAGUUUGCAAGAAAAUGCAGCCAGCAAGUCGAAAUGCAUAUUUACCGCAACAUCUACAAGUUUUCUGAGAGCGCCCUCUUUUUGUUCGCCCUAAAUAUUCUUUUCAACAUUCUCGACGGUUCGCACGCAAAAGUGUGGCAAUGCUUUGGUGUGGCCUCGAGACUUAUGAUAGGCUUGCAGCUGAACUGGGAUGUCACAUCACGCCACUCCACCUUUAUUCAACAAGAAUGUCUUCGACGCAUUGCCUGGCAGCUUUUCAGCCUUGACCGCCUAUUAGCCGGUGGAUAUGAAGAGUACAUAUCUUGUCGAGCCGAGAAUAUGAAGAUUAGGCUGCCCUGCAAUGAAGCUGCUUUUAGGGAAAAUCGGCCGGUGGUUGCGGAGAGGCUUCAUGACAGGCCUUCGCGCUGCUCACCGGCUCUGGGCCUACACGGAAUCCAAAUUCUUCUUGUCGAUCUUCGGCAUCGCAUACAAGUAUCGACAAAAAAGCUAGCAUUGCCUUCUGGAACAGCCAUUGCAGCCCUGGAGCCAUCAAAGGUUAUGAAGGAUAUUGCUGCAUUGCAGAGCGAGCUAACUGGGUUUCACGUUUCCAUACACGACGAGCUACGACUCACUGACCAGAGCAUGUCUCGAUAUGCUGCCUCGGACCAGUGGAGAGGGUACUGUUUCUUCCAUACGCACAUGGCUGUGAGCCAUAUCGACCUCUAUCGAUUCUCAUUGCCGGGUCCCCGAAACCAGUCCUCGAUAGAAAUCCUUCGAAAACUCCCUCCAGACUUUAUUGCCCGGUGUCAAAAGCAGGCCGUCGCCCACGCCAUGAGUUUAGCCCGGUUUUUGGAAGCCAUUAAGAUCGAGACGGACAGAAUGCCAAACCCCGGAACUCCUAAACUGGUAGGCGAUUACUCAGUUGCACACAUGUCCACUCAGUGCAUUCGAGUGUUGCUCAUCGCUCUGCAAUACAACCUGUACGAAAACCUGAUGGAUACUACAGCACCGGUGUGGAGAGGCGCCGAGACUAGCGAGGGUCGGAUCAAGUCGUUGAUCGGCACCAUCAUGGAGAUAACCGAGGCAUGGGGCGAGAUAUUCGACAUGGCCAAGCAAGCUCACGACUGUAACAAGGCAAUGGUGGAAGAGUUUUACAAGAACGGGAGGAUACUCGAUCGAGGUAACGCUGCCAUUAACACCGGACAAGAGCCAACCAAGGACAAAUUUCUAUUUGGAUCGGAUGUUUUUAUUGAGCGAAUGAGCAUCCCUGACAUGAAAGAUGAACAGAGGCGCCGAGCCGCGAAUAUGCCCGUGUCCGACUGGUGGAUGGGUCCAUCAACGACCCAGCAAGCAUCGUCCAAGAGUGCGUCACCGCUGAUGAUGCCUUAUUCUACCCCAGAAUCGAGCUAUGACGGUGACCACGGACCGCCCGGCGUCCCCCUGUUCCUCGCUCAAGCGCGCAACGUAUCCCUGGGCAUCAGCGACAUCUACGACGCCGAGACGGCGGUCGGCAUGCAGCCGUCCGACAUGCUGGCCAUGAUGCCCAACAACUACCAGAUGAUGCAGACCGAGGUCCUGAGCGGACAGGGCGGCAUGCCCAUGCUAAGGAUAGACGACGCCAUCCCCAACCAGGCCAUGUUUCGACAGCAGGACGUCCCGCCCGCCCAGCCGCAGCACUUCAUCCCGACGCAGCAGGGCAUCAUGAUGAAUGGAUAUGUGCCGCCGCCGUACCCUGGUAGCCAUACUAGUGCGCCUCCGUAUCCGCAGCAAAACAGCUUCAAUUGAGAAAAGAAAGAAAGAGGAAAAUGGGAGAAUUCUUCAGGAGUUUUUGAGAUGUUGAUCAUAUGAUAAAGCGUCGGUGUUUAGGGCGUUUUUGGUUUUAUAUAAUGCCCCUUUGGGAAAAUGAAGACGGGGCAUUGUGUGUAUAGCUAGGGGUUUCUAUCGUUACAUGUGUGCGAGACUGCACGUUGGAUUCGACAAUGGCGUGGCAGUUUGUAUUGAUGAGAGUUGGCGUGUGUUGUGCAUAACUCGGUUGUAUGUACUGCAAUGGCCGAUAUAUGGUGAAGAAGGUGAAGGGUUUGGGAAGCGGCAUCGACUCUCCUGUUUAGGAUGGUGUGUUGACAUGCUGCGCGAUAUAUACAUUAAUGCUGUCAUGAAGAGAUUUCUCUAUGAGCAUAUAAGGGGAAUCGUUCAUAUUCGCGAAUACUAUAUAUUCUGAUGAAAGCA